CCUGGGCCUAGGCUAGCAGUUGCACAGGAAGCGUCCCCGCCCAGAGCCUCGGAGGAGGAGGCGGAGGAGGAAGGGGAAAGGCCCCAAGAUGGCGGCGGCGGUGGUGGCAGCGGCGGCCGAGCGUCUCCUGUCGGAGGGGGAAGGCGGCGGCGCCAUGGACCCCGGGCGCCUCUCCCCUCCGCCGCCCCCGCCGCCUUCCUCCUCCUGCUCCUCCUCGCCGCCUCCUUUGGCCCCGCAGCCCCAGGCUCAGGCCCAGCCCCUGGAGCAGCUGCCCCAGAGCAACACGCUGGUGGGCCUCCCCAUUGUGGCCAUCGAGGGCAUCCUCGGCUUCCUCUCCUACGACGAGACCAGCCAGCUCCGCCUGGUUUGUAAGCGAAUGGACUUGGUCUGCCAGAGAAUGUUGAAUCAGGGAUUUCUGAAAGUGGAAAGAUACCACAAUUUGUGCCAGAAACAGGUUAAAGCACAGCUUCCAAGACGGGAAUCGGAAAGGAGAAAUCACUCAUUAGCUCGCCAUGCAGAUAUUCUUGCUGCUGUAGAAACAAGGCUCUCACUGCUAAAUAUGACGUUUAUGAAGUAUGUGGAUUCUAAUCUCUGCUGCUUUAUACCCGGAAAGGUAAUCGAUGAAAUAUAUCGUGUGUUAAGGUAUGUAAAUUCUACUAAAGCACCACAGAGAGCCCAUGAAGUCCUUCAGGAACUAAGAGACAUUUCAUCUAUGGCAAUGGAAUAUUUUGAUGAGAAGAUAGUUCCAAUUCUCAAAAGGAAGUUGCCAGGAUCAGAUGUAUCAGGACGACUUAUAGCAGCAGCUCCAGUUCCAGGUCCUUCUGCAGCCUUAACUACAAUGCAGCUCUUCUCCAAACAAAACCCAUCAAGGCAAGAAGUUACCAAACUCCAGCAGCAAAUUAAAACCAAUGGUGCAGGUGUGACUGUGCUGAGGCGUGAAAUUUCAGAGCUUCGCACCAAAGUGCAAGAGCAGCAGAAACAGCUACAAGACCAAGAUCAGAAACUGCUUGAACAAACCCAGAUCAUUGGUGAGCAGAAUGCCCGACUGGCUGAGCUCGAACGCAAACUACGAGAAGUCAUGGAAAGCGCAGUUGGAGAUUCCUCGCGGUCAGCACCAAGUGAGGAGACUCCUAGGAAAAGGAAGAAGGUUGUUGAAUCAAUAGGCUCCCUUAGAAAGUCAAAACGCCUUCGAAAUAAUAAAUAACUGGGGGAAAUGACACCACCAAAGGAAUGCACUGCUUUAGUGGCCCUAAGCAGGUUGUCUGGUCUAGAUCCUGCAAUUCACAGCAUGGUGUCAUUUCAAGCUUCUGGUUCAGCAGAACACCAUAGACUUAAACAGUGACUUUCUCUCAUUGCUGAGACAUUAUUUUUCAAACCUUCCCUGCUUCUGUUUGAGUGGGCCUACUGCACAGGAUCAUUAUAAAUUGCCAUAGAUUUGUACUAACCAGAACUGCUCUAUCAUGUUCUCAGAGGUUAAUUUUCAUUUUCUGUGCAGAUAACUAUUAAAGUGAAACCUAUGUUUAUGCAUCUGUUCCCAUAAAUUCAGCAUCUGAAAUACAUCCAGAAUUAAUUGGUUAUAAAUUUAAAAAUGGAUAAACAGCAGAUGUCCUGUUCACUCAAAAAGACCCACUUUUAAAAUUUAUUUUGUUUUGAGGGGAAAAGGUUAACUUUUUGUUGCAAGUGACCUUGUUUAGAAUGUUUGAGAUGUAGGUUAUACAUGUGAGAGUAUGCAUAACAAGUAAAAAUGACUUCUUAAGCUUACAGUAUUGGUUAUAUAUAGUUUUGUAAAUUUAACAAGCAAGGGGUGUCAGUCUAGUUUUCACAAAUGCAUACCCUACUUCUAAGCAUCAGGAGCCAUAUUUUUAUCUUGCAUGGAGGAAUGCAUGCAUUGCUUAGUCAGCUUGGUAAAGCAUUUGCCUGAAAUUGCUGUUAAAUUGUUGGCCUCUCCCAUCUUUUUGUAAAACAAUUUCUUGGCUCCUUAGCCAUGACUCUGCAUAUACUUUCGGCACAGCUGUUUCUUUUUCUGUGAGGCAAUUUUGUCUCACCUCUGCAGGAGAAUAUAUAAACCAAGCUAUUUUGCAACUUCUACUUGCCUGUAGAUAGCAGAGGUACUCAGCUAAAGUAGUUCUUCAGAGGUUGGUUCCUUUUUGUCUCUGGGUUUCUCAUGCUACACUACUGAUGCUUGUUAGAAGUUUUAAAAGACUAUUAAUUGUUGGACAAUACAGGUUUGCUAUGGCAUGGUUCAAGUUUUAAAAGUUUCUGUUGACAAAAGAACUUAUUGUUAUGUGGCAAGAACUCUCUGUAAUACUGUGUUCCAGAUUUCUUUAUCCUAAAAAGUAAAUUGACUUCAUACAAAAAAAAAUUAAUUUCUUUUGCACUCCGCUCAUUUUGAAAUUAUAACUGGAAAAACAUGUCUUACACUGUACAGUUUCCGGAUUUGUCACUUUAACAACCUCACGUAAUGUACAGUGAUUUUCCCCCAAUUGUAUUAUUUUUAAUAGCAUUGUCCAUGGUUUGAUUUGGUGUAAACUAUACAUGUAGCUUUGUUGUUUGACUGUUACAUUUUUCUCUUAAUCUGCUGUUGUUAAUUGGGACUUCUGGUACAAAUGAAUGAGGAACUGAAAACUGAAUUUGAGUGGUAGCUCAAAAGGCUGCUUUUGGCAGACAUUUUGUUGAAAUACCUUGUUUAAAAUGGGAGCUUAAUAUUCAUUUUUAUUUGUCAAGGAAAAGUUUUCCAAAAGAAUGUUCUGGGCUUUUAAAAAAAGAUGUUAAAAGCCUACUAAUUCAUAAUUUGGAGUAAGUUUACUGUAAAACAAAACAUUACAAAUUGGUGUCAAGAGUUUGGAGUGUUUUAUUUUUUAAAAAAAUCUUGUUUUGCUAUCUUAAGGUCUUUUUACUCUUUGUGUGUUUUUUAAAUUUUAUUUUAAAUGGGAGCAGGCUAUUGUAUAUUAGCAGUGGACAUACACUAAAUUGUCUCAAGGAUAAUAAUAACAGUUUUGGAACAUUCA